CGUUAUCGGCAUAUGUAAGACCAUUGCAAGUUGCAACACAGAAGCGGCAGCACAUUUUUCAAUUAUUAUCAUAAUAAAUUGAUAUCUUAUAUAACAAGAUGAACAGCUUGAAGACAGCAACUUUACGUCUUGCCAACUUGGCCAGCACAAAAACUGGAGCAUUGGGCAAGCGCGAUUUCACCCGCAGCCUGUGGCACAUGACCAAAAAGCCGGCCGUUGGUGGUGACCACGUUACCGUGUUAAAUGUACAUAAGCCCAGCAUCAAUUGCACCUGUGGAUGCAAUGUGCACACUAAAGGCGAGCGUGAACUGGUCGAGUUUCUUACUGAGGAGAUUAUUGCUGAGCGUAAGGUGCAAAAGGGCAAGACUGUGCCCAGCACACUGGAAGGCUUCUGUGUAAAAGUCACUGGUGCCGAUGUCGAGCUGACCAAGCAGACGGAAAAGGAAAAGGUCGUCAUUAGCUUUAAUGUAAACCACACUGUUGACAGCGAGCAAGAGCCAGAAGUUAAUCCCAAUGCCGACAAACCAGAAUUGGGUGAAAUGCGUAGCAAGCCGCAAUUUGAAGUGGACAUCAUUAAGGGUACCUCUACACUAUCGUUUACUUGCUCUUACUUGGAAGGCGAAGCACAGGAGGGCGAAUACAACGAUGUUUUCUCUAUCGAUGAAAUGUCUAUAUAUGAAGGCGAAUGGAAUGACAAAGUUUAUGCCGUUGCUGGUGAUGUGCUCGAUGGCUAUUUGUACGAUCUGUUGAUGAACAUCCUGGAGGAAAAGGGAAUUAGCAAUGAGUUUGCCGAGAAGCUUUCCGAUCUGGCUACAGCUCACGAGCACACAUCUUACAUUGCACUGCUGGAGAAGCUUUCCAAGUUCACAGCUGGCAAAUAAUUAUUGAAUGUUCAUUUAUAAAUUUAAGAUGCAGUUGUGUAGUUUUUUAAGUUUUCAUCAAUUCGGUAGUUUCUCGAGCUAAAAACGUUUUGCAUUAUUCGUGUUUUUAGCCCUACGCUGUCGAUUCUAAUACUAGUUUCUAAGGCAAAAGAUUGUUAAACAUUGUA